GCUUGUCUUGGGGGGUAGGGGGGACUGGGGUGGUGGAGGGGGAGAAGUAGUUGUUACCUAGUUUUACCACCCUCCCAGUCCUCCAGUGCCACAGUUGCCUGCCCUUCAGGAAUGGUACGUUUUGCCUUUUACAGACGCAACGGUUCUAUAUGAGACUCCUCUCUAUGGUUUGAUUCAGGUUUUGUUGUUGAUGUAUUAUUUGAUUACUCCAAGACAUUUCAUGUUGGCCACUCUGCCUAACUGAUAAAUUACGAUUCUUGUGUCAGCAGACCCUUGUUAAAUUGGUUUUCUGACUUCCUGCAGACUUAAAAGGGUGUUGGUGUCUGGUGUUCAUAGCUCCCCGAGGAAGGUGCAUAUAGUUGGGUCCCUCAAGGCUCGGUAUUGGGUCACCUUUUCCAUAUUUAUGCCAACCACUCGCUGUCAUACAUUAGAACUAAAUGCAAUUGUUUUGCGCCUCCAUUGUUUAUAGUGGUCAGCGUGCAUGGCUACCAUUCCACUGGUCUGGGUUCUAUAAAUCCCAGCCCGGGAAGUCGAUGUGCAGCUCACCCAGCUGUUCAUCUUACCUUUCAGGCUGGUCGGUAAAUGGGUACUUUGGGAAACCUGGGGAAGGUUAACUGUGGCAAUCCUUGAUUUAACAGUGGCCCGUGUCCAGGGGUAACUGGUUGUUGCCCACCACAGGCUCAAGGGCCAAGAUCGGAAAUGAGCACCGCAGCCACACGCAGCUUUAGCGUAGGCACCCACCUUUACCUACACUACAGGAUAUGCUAACCCUAUUGGGUCAAAAUAUGACUUCAAAAUAUGCAGUAACAUAUUCAGAUUAGAAAUAAAGAAUACAGACACAAUUAAGACUUUUUUAUAGGUGUUGCACUGCUCCCUAUAGCGCUGGUAGGCCUUCUUGAGACUCUUGAACGACCCCAACCCGUUAAUGGCGCAGGCAAAUUUUAUUUGUAGUGGCUGCCGUGGUAUUUGACUCUUGAAUGAUCAAAAUGGCGGAAAUGCAUAACAUGAAACUUUACUUACCUCUUAUCUCUCCUCAGGAGAGCUCUAUAGUCCUACACUCCUACUUGACAGCUCUACAGUAUACUGGCAGUGUGACUUCUCGAUAUUCUCCAGCAUUUCCCCAAGGUAAAGCCACUCAUUGACCUUGGGUGUUCUUCAGCGCACUCCUCAAGAGUAGAAAGCAAAUUGAACCGAUUUAAGAAUAUUACAGUAUGCCAUAUGCAAUUGACGAAUUCUACACAUUUUUAAAAAUAUUAAGGACGAAUAAUCCAUGCACAUGAUGACCCAAGCACGCAUGCCUUGCGUAAGUGACACGUACCAGACGAGCCACAUGCGCACGUAUCAAGUCUACCGACAGGUAAAAUCGCCCCCCCCCAAACGCUGGCUCUAAAUUUGCGCUUCUGAGUGCGGGUGUGUGUGACGUCAGAGCGUGGGUAGGAGGAGAGGUUUCAGAGCUAACAGCGGCUCAGUCUCAGACUUGACCCCGUGACGUGUAGUGACUUGCAGGACAUGCAUGGGGAACUUCUCUACACACAUAUAGCAUGUGACAAGAGGCAAAAAAAAAAAAAAAAAAAAUUGUAUACCAAUUCUGUAGACAAUGAAAAUAAAUAACCUGCUCGACACAGAAAUAAAUCAAGACAACGGGGACAGUCUCGUCUACACGGCUGUGCUGUGUAGACGUGCGUUGUCCUGUGCUCCGUCCGUGGAUGCCCUGCCUUCCACGGAAUAAACGGUGUCUAGAGGACAUGGCUGACGAACAUUCCUACUCGGCGGCUUCCGGGCAGUGUCCUGCCCCUGAGGAACGGCGCCUGUGGUCUGAAGAGACUGAAGAGAUGGACGACUCUGCCGAACUUGACCCCCGCCUUUGUUCGGAGGACCACGUGGCCAGCGCUAGCAAGCGGCUCAAGCCGGAUAAUCCUGGCUGCCUCUCCCCCACUGCCUCUCCUGUUAAAGCUGCCACCGCACCCAUGGAGGGUGUGCAGUCUGGUAGCUCUGAGACUGUCCUGGUCGACGGUGAGGUGCCCCUGGAGGACACGCACCCAGCCGCUCCCUCUGUUGCCCCGCGCCAACCCACCCGCCGCCGCCUAGACUUCCCCGCCGAGGCCGGGCUGACACCAGCUCAGCAAUACACGUGGUUUGCAUCUCUACUGAAGCAGCACGGUGAGUUGGAGCCGCUCUUCAAGGAGGGUAGGCUCCGACCUUAUCUCACGGUCAGGGACGACGUCGCCUUCUACAAGCGGCUCCUCACUGAGGGGUUCCUCGACGUAGUUUUGGUCGAAAAUGCAGCGGAGCGGCAGCACACUGUCAUCAUCCACAAUGUGCCGCUCUACAUGAAUGCCAACCUCAUUGAGACCCCAGACAACUUUCUGUGGUUAAAGCGCAGGUAUGCGGGCACGGCCCCUCGCCCGCAGCUUCUUGGAGCGGUGGUUGGCCACGUCCCGACAGAGGUGCACCUCCUCGGGGUGGGUCGUAAGGCUGUGGAGCCCUACACGGCGGAGCCCGACAUCUGUCGCCACUGUUGCCGGUGGGGCCAUCAGGAGUGGCGCUGCAGAUCGGCCCCUCGGUGCCGGUAUUGUGCGGGCACGCACAAAUCAGCUCUGUGCCUCCAGAAGAUCCAGGCGGGCACACCCGUCCCCCGUAAGUGCUGCAACUGUGGUGGUGAGCAUAACGCCCACUACCACUCCUGCCCGAUGAAGCCUAAACCAUCUCGGGUCGCGGCGCCUGACCACCACCCUCAGCAAGGCCGCCCUAGGCUUGUGUUCCGCCCUGCUCCUCUCCCUCAGUCCUCGGCCUGGGCCCGGGGGGCUCCCUCAACGUCCGAGUUUCCGCCCCUGCCGGGCUCGUCCGCCCCUGCUGCCCCAGCCUCACCCACUGCCACCCCUGUGCCUCGCCAGGCUCCUGCUCCGGCACCCCAGCCACAGCCUACCGUCCCCCCUGUGCCGGCUGCCAGUCCCCCCGCUGUCGAUGGGUCGACCCCUGUCCUCCAUCAGAUCCUCGCUGCAGUCACCCAGCUGCAGGAGACGCUGGCUGCAACGAUCUCCAGGGUGGCGGCCUUGGAGCAGCGAGUCUCCACGCCCCCGCCUGUGCGUGAGCUCUCCUCCAUCCCGGCCCCUGCUCCAGCUUCAGCCCCGGCCCCGUGCCCUGCCCUGCCGUCUGCUGGUGAGGCCAUGGACGCCGAUAGUGGGGACAGUGUGGUUCCCCCUGCGGGCCAGAUGCAGAACACCCCUGCAACCCCACCGGCUGUGGUGCCUGCAGCUGCCGAGGGAACGGCCGAACCUCGCCAUGGCCAGACGGGUCCUUCACCUUCACCUGCUGAUCCUCCACUGCAGUGGGAGGCCACACUCCAGGUGCUGCUGGCGCAGUUUGCUUCCCUGACUCAGCAGGUGGCUGAGCUCCAUCAUCGGAUCACCCCACUCCUUGACCGGCAACCACCCCCUCCUGACCAGUGUUUGCUGAGUGACCACUUUGCCCUGGAGACGACCAUCCCGAUCCAGCCUGCCCCUGCUGUGUCCCGGAAGCGGUUGGCUGUCCCUGCUGCCGGAUGCCGCGCCGUUGCCGAAGUCGGGCCUGGCAGGGUCCCUCCAAGGCCCGCCAAGCGCCGCCUGCAGACCUACGCCUCGGACCCGGCUGUCUCCAACUGUCAGCGGACCCUUGCCUCGUACCAGCGGCGCUGGCAGCAGGACCCCGCCGAUCGGGCUGCCCGCGAUGCCAUGGUCGCUGUGGCGCGCCACCUCACUGAACUCAGACAAGAGGCCCGGUCACGACACUGGGUCGCCUUCCUUGCCAGCGUGCGCAAGACCCGCUUCCUGCGGGAGGUUUGGCACCAUGUCAACAGGGUGAGAGGGAGGACCAAACGGCUGGUGAGUGACCCUGACCCUGCGGGCCGGGCCCAGGACCUGAUGCGCCAGUGGCAGAGGGCCUCCUCCCUUGGUGGUCUCCCUGCACAACACCAGGCCGAACUUGCCCGCCACAGGGAGCGGCGGAUGGCCCUCGUUCAGCACCACGUCACACUUCUGGAUGACACAUGUGUCCCCAUUACCCACGAUGAACUCCUUCUUGCCGUCAAACAUGGCAAGUCGACAGCCCCGGGCCACGACGGGUUGACUUACGACAUUCUUAAUGCCUUACUCGUUGUGCAAGGUGACAACCCCCUGCUUGACCUGUUCAACAUGUCGUUUGCCGCAGGUUCACCUAUUGGGGAUGUGGAUGCAUCAAUGGGGUCUAGUUCAUAG